AUUAGAAAAAUUGCAAUCGACAUAAAUACAAAUAAUUAAUUAUUAUUAGGUGGCCACAUCUUUUGCCUUACUUCUGAGUGGCCACUGCUUUUCACGUUGCAAUACGUGCCCAUUUUCUUUGCUCGCACGCAAGUUCGUGGCUCUAGUCUACAAAUCGUUUUUUCACAAAAUAAAUUUGUUAAAUAAGAACUAAGUAAUUUGGUUCUACUAAAAAAAUUUAAGAAACUAAUAUUUUUGUUAUGCGAUUGUUAAAUGUUGUAAAAUAACAUCAGCACCAUAAUUUGCUAUUAUAUUAUUAGGCAAUGAAAAAAUGCAGGUAGAAUAAGAGCAAAGAAAAGUGUUAAGGCAUUAAGUGAAAUUUUGGAGAAAAUAGAAAAGAAGGAAAAUACAUGAAACAGCAAAGGAAGUAAAGUAAUCAAACAAAGAAAAGUGAAGUGAAACAAGGCAAAGCAAGGCGGAAAAACGAUUUUUUGCAAAACGCACACGCAAACGAAGACGAAAAGCGAAGCGAACUAGCGAACGGACGAGUUACGAGCAAUUGAAAAUUGUUAACACGGUAGGAGAAGUGUGUGGGAUAAAAAAGUGAAAACUGUUUAUUGGGCGUCAAACGGUUCACAUAAAUUUUUAGUGAACUGCUAUACGUGCAUGAAAUAUAGGAAAAUCAUAACUGAGUAACUGAACGUGCGCCGGUGCUCUAUCAAAAAGAAAAAAAACUUCAAAAUUCUUAGCUACGGCAGCAAUUCUUACAAUAACGCUUAUAACAACUCUAUCGUCACCACAACGCUCCAUAAGCAGCCCGCAGUGCCGCCACUACCACCUCCAAUUAUGUUUGUCAAUUCGAUGACGUUUCGCGGCAAUCCUGCCCCCAACCAUCAUUACGCUGGCCACCCAUUGGCUACGGCACACCAUCCGCAACAACCGCAAUUGCACCAUCAUGCUACAACUGGACAAGCUGGCGGGCCAAUGGCUCACCAUCCAUCGGCAGCACAUGGUACGCAUCCGGGUGCCCAUCCCGGCACAGCCAACAACAAUAUUCACCAUGCCGCUUCGGCUAUGAAUCGUCAUGCACCUCAUGCCCCAAUGGGUAUGGGUAGCGGCAACAUUACUUCAAUGUCGCCUCAUAUGCCAAACAAUGGCAGCGGCAUUCCAGGUAGCGGCAGUGGCAGUGGUGCAAGCUCUAGCUCACCGGAUAGUGGUAAAAUUUAUAUCAAGAAUUUGGAACGCUCCAUUGACAACAAAGCAGUCUACGACACGUUUUGUGUGUUUGGUAACAUUUUAAAUUGCAAUGUUGCCAAAGAUGAGGAUGGUAAUUCACGCGGCUAUGGUUUUGUGCAUUUCGAUUCAGAGGAGGCUGCACGUAUUGCUAUUUCAAAGGUGGACGGUAUGUUGUGCAAUAAUCAGAAGGUGCAAGUAGUAAAAUUCAUACCACGCCGCGAUCGUGAACAAGAAAAGGCAUCGCAAUUUAGGAAUCUCUAUGUGAAGAAUCUUAGUGAAGAUUUCACUGAUCAACAUUUACAUGAAAUGUUUGAACCGUACGGACGCAUAACAAGUCACCGGGUGAUGCUCGAUGAAGAAGGCCGUUCUCGCCGUUUUGGUUUUGUGGCUUUUGAAAGCCCACAAUCGGCUCUGGCAGCUGUUAUUGGUCUAAAUGGUAAGCAAUUAGGAGACAAUAAGUUCUUGUACGUGGCACGUGCACUGAACAAAGUUGAGCGCCAGCAGGAGAUCAAUCGAAAACUCGAAGAACGUAAACGGCAAAAAGCUGGCCAAGUAUUCUACUAUUAAAUGGAAAGUAUAAAGGAUGAAAAAUUAAAAAAAUUACAUUUGAUGCAGAUAAGAAUUAAUUCUGAGCCGAAUAUUGAUUGCGAAGUGGAUUAGUGAUGAAUGUUAGUUUCGAGCUCAUAAGGUGGUAAGUAUAAGAAAUAUGUUUCAAUGAAGCAUUGGUGAAUAUGCUUCGCUGCUACAACAACAAUUAGCUUCACAAAAUUUAGUUGAAUCGACGAAAGUUGAUAAAUGAUAUGUGUGGAUACAUAAUAACUUUCGCAGGCGAGUCGAUACAACUUGAUGGAAAGAAUUUUUCGAAUAUCGUAUAUAAUUAAGAAUUAUUAAAAAUUUAAAAUGAAUAUUAUAAAAUUACCAACUAAAUACACAUACAUACAAACAAAUACAUAUAUGUACAUGUAGAAAUGUAAAAUUUAAAGGAAAUUAUGGGAUUUUUCAAUUUUGGUUUUGAUGUUAAAUGAAAGUUUACAUUAGUAAAAAAACACAUAAAAAAAAUAUCAAAAAAAAAUGUAUUGCUUAUUGUUAACUUUUAAAAACUAAAAAUAUUCCGCAAGCAAAAAUGAAAAACAAAAAGAAAUCAACUACAACAAUGAAAAAUGAAAGGAAAAGUAAACUUUAUAUAGAAACGCCGUUUAACGUUGAUUACACCGUAGAAUUUAUGAAUGUCACAUUGAGAAUAUCUCAAUGAUUUGCAACUAAAAUUAAACAUAAAUUUAACUUCAAAUUAAAUGACAUAUGUAUGUCUCUAUCUAUAUAUAUAUAAAUAUUACUAUUAUAGCUACUAUUACAAUUAUUCAUGCACUCCUCCUAAAUGUACACAAAUAAACAAAAUUUUACACACAGCUUCUACAAACACAUAAUCACACACUCACAUACACACAUACACAACCACGUUUGCUUAUAUACAUACAAGUAUGUAUAUGUAAAAUGUAUAAUGAAAUUUGUCACGAAUCGGCAAGAAAUUAAUAAACACUCUAUUGAAAACAUAAAAAAGCACAUUUCAUAAAUUUAAAGCAAGAUAUAACGCGAGAAACGCUAAUAUUAACAUGAAAAGUACAUUUAUAUUAAAUUACUCACUUUGCAAAAAAAAAAAAAAACUAAUAAUAUUUGUAAUAUUAAUGAUCCCCAAUUCCAUAUUAUGUGUAAGAGUAUUUAAUUGUAUUGCAAAAAGUUAAAAAUUAAAACAGUAUCGUAAUAUUAGAAAAAAUGGAAAAGUGCGUAGUAACAACGUAAGAUGUCUAAAAACAAAAACAAAGGGAACAACAGAAACCCAAAUGCAAAGAAAAGGCAACAAAUUUUAAGCUUAGUUGUAAAAUCGAUUCAAAAUGCAAGAAAUGUGUAUUUACUGUAAUUAAAAAGGCGAAGAAAAAUAAUACUGGCAUAAAAUAAAUAAAUAAAUAUAAAAUGAUAAUAAAAACAAAAAAUACAUGUAAUCAAAGGUGUAAAAAAAACAAAAACAAACAAAUUGCAAUGACAAAAGGUAAACAGCAUGAAAACAUUAAAUUAAGCGACGAGAAAAACAAACGCAGAGCACAGAAAUCCAGAUGAAGUAAACAAAAAUAUGACUAACAGUAAUUUAUUUUAUUCUAAUUAACCCAAAACAAAUACUGGUAAUAGGAAAAAAAAUUAUGAUUGAAAUUAUUAUACUAAAUGUUCCCAAAAAAAUUUUAACAUUUAAGUUCUUAACGUAGACAAAAUGUAUAGAUAUUACACAAAGAAACACACAAAUGAAACUAAAUGUUUAAAAAAAAAACGCAAAUAAAACAAAAAACAGAAAGGAAAUUAAUGAA